AUGGGCGGAGCCAAGCGUCACGCGACUCCGCGGCCCCCGAACCUUGAUAUCCACUGUACUUCUCUCUUCAAACCAUGGUUUAAAGAAUUACUUGACGUAUUGAUAGAGAAUACUUCACUCACUGUCCCAAUCCUGGAUGUCCUUUCUAGCCUCCGACUUGACCCAAACUUCCUAUUGAAGGUUCGCCAGUUGGUGAUGGAUAAAUUGUCAUCUAUCAGAUUGGAGGAUUUACCUGUGACAAUAAAAAAGCAUAUUAAAACUAAUAUUUACUUUCUGCAGGUAAUUUCUAAGCUUUGGGAGAAGCUGGAUCUGCAACAUUGUGUUUUGCCAUCAUGGUUGCAGGCUUCCCAAGUAAAGUUGAAAAGUAAAGGAUGGGCAAGUUCCUCAGCAAAUCAAGAAAGCAAUCAGAGCUGUAUUAUUCUCCUCUUUGAUGUAAUAAAGUCAGCUAUUAGAUAUGAGAAAACCAUUUCAGAAGCCUGGAUUAAGGCAAUUGAAAACACGGCCUCAGUGUCUGAACACAAGAUUUUUGACCUGGUGAUGCUUUUCAUCAUCUAUAGCAGCAAUACUCAGACAAAGAAGUAUAUUGAAAUGCUAAGAAAUAAGAUUCAAUUAGGCUGCAUUCAAGAACAGCUGCUCCAGAGUACAUUCUCUAUUCAUUACUUAGUCUUAAAGGAUAUGUGUUCAUCCGUUCUGUCUCUGGCUCAGAGUUUGCUUCACUCUCUAGACCAGAGUAUAAUUUCAUUUGGCAGUCUCCUAUACAAAUAUGCAUUUAAGUUUUUUGACACGUGCUGCCAGCAGGAGGUGGUUGGUGCCUUAGUGACCCAUAUCUGCAGUGGGAAUGAAGCUGAAGUUGAUACCGCGUUAGAUGUCCUCCUAGAGUUGGUAGUGCUAAACCCGUCUGCUAUGAUGAUGAAUGCUGUCUUUGUAAAGGGCAUUUUAGAUUAUCUGGAUAACAUAUCUCCUCAGCAAAUACAAAAACUCUUCAAUGCUCUCAGCACACUGGCAUUUAGCAAACAGAAUGAAGCCAGCAGCCACAUCCAGGAUGACAUGCACUUGGUGAUAAGAAAGCAGCUCUCUAGCACCGUAUUCAAGUACAAACUCUUUGGGAUUUUUGGUGCUGUCACCAUGGCUGGCAUCAUGGCGGCAGACAGAAGUGCAUCAUCUAGUUUGACUCAAGAGAGAGCCAACCUGAGCGAUGAGCAGUGCACACACGUGACUUCCUUGUUGCAGUUGGUUCAUUCCUGUAGUGAGCAGUCUCCUCAGGCCUCUGCACUUUACUAUGAUGAAUUUGCCAACCUGAUCCAACAAGAAAAGCUGGAUCCAAAAGCCCUGGAACGUGUUGGGCACACCAUCUGCAAUGAUUUCCAGGAUGCCUUCGUAGUGGACUCCUGUGUUGUUCCGGAAGGUGACUUUCCAUUUCCUGUGAAAGCGCUGUACGGACUGGAAGAAUACAACACUCAGGAUGGGAUCGCCAUAAACCUCCUGCUGCUGCUGUUUUCUCAGGACUUUGCAAAAGAUGGGGGUCCAGUGACUUCAAAGGAAUCAGGCCAAAAGUUGUCCACCUGGCCGGAGGUGGCCACUAUCAAGCCGCUUGGCCUGGAUGAGCAGCAGUGCUCCCAGAAGGUGGUGGUGCAGGCCCGCCUGAACCAGCCUACCCUCCUCACCAGCAUCAUCUUCACAGAGGACAUCACCACAGGCCAGGUCCUGCGCUGUGAUGCCAUCUUGGACCUCAUCCAUGACAUCCAGAUCAUCUCCACCAUCCGCGAGCUCUACCUGGAGGACUCCCCCAUAGAGCUGAAGAUGCAGGCCCUGGACUCCGAGGGUCCCCUGGAGGGCAGCUUCAAUCAGGGAAGUGAAGUUGCUGCUUGUGGAGGUGCUGAAGAGGCAGAACCCACCCGUGAGGUGGGCCCCAAGCCCUCGGUAGCAUCGAGCCAUGGCCACUCCUGGCGCUCCGGGGUCCCUGCAGCAGGGCCUGUGUGCUCAGAGCUAUGGCGGACCCUGGAGCCAGACCCUGCUGGUCACAGCGCUGGUCCUUGGUGGGUGGUGGGGAUGUCGGGACUGGGGAGGUGCCUGCUCUGGGCCUUCCCUGGCCACCGUCAUGCCAGGAGGUCCCAGCAACCCUGGAUGGUUUCCUCUCACACUCCCCGCUCUCCUGAAGGAUUGAUGCCACCUGCAGCCAGUUCCAGAGUAGGACGUCAUCUGGUCAUCACAGACUGGGUCAUUUACUAG